GGUCGUAUAUCAUUCAGAGACACCAUUGUGUCAUCUGGAUCUUGAGAAGACGUCGAAGUUUUUGCAAAGAAAUGUUGCAGUUAACGCGGAGCGUAAUGGACAGAGCGAGCUCGUUGAGCGACGUUUGUCGCGCAGCCCCGAAGAAGUAUGGCGACGUGGGAGAGCGACAAGUUUCAGGACGACGGGAAUGCCGACGAUAUAGAUGACAAUUUCGACAAUAUCCUCGUAACGCACGAUCUACAGGACUGUCUGGAUGACAGUCUGGACCUGUCGAGCUUUGAGAAGGUUUACGAGCAGAGCGCGGUGUUUGAUUACGAAAAGUACAACGACGACGACGACGCGCGCGAUGUUGCUAUCAACGAGAAGCUAUCCGCCGCCGAUGACAACACGACCGGACUUGCUCAUCACACAAUCAGCCCAGAAAAAUUUUAUAUGCGAAUUCAUCAAGAACAGGAUAAUGCAGUAUCUGAAGAUCAUGCAACUCCCAAUAAAAUUGAGAGUAUGGAUGCGGAUACCAAUCAGAAGCAUAUAAAUCGCUACAACUGUCAAUAUAAAGGUUGCAUCAGAACAUAUAGCACUAUUGGAAAUUUACGCACUCACAUGAAAACACAUAAAGGCGAGUAUCGAUUUAAAUGCGCAGAGCCGAGUUGCGGCAAGGCCUUUCUCACGUCCUACAGCCUAAAGAUCCACAUUAGGGUACACACAAAAGUAAAACCAUUCGAAUGCAACCACAAAGGCUGCGAGAAAGCGUUCAAUACCCUUUACAGACUGAGAGCUCAUCAGAGACUCCACAGCGGCAACACAUUCAACUGCGAAGAGACUGGAUGCGUUAAAUUCUUCACUACUCUAAGCGAUCUCAAGAAACAUAUACGUACUCAUACUCAAGAAAGACCGUACAAGUGCCGAGAAAAAGGUUGUGGGAAAGCCUUUACAGCUUCACAUCAUUUAAAAACGCACAAAAGGACACAUACAGGCGAGCGGCCCUAUAUAUGUACCUUCGAAAAUUGCAAACGAUGUUUUACCACUCCUCAUAGUUUAAAGAGCCAUAUAAAAACGCACAACAAAGUUAUGAAUAAUGAAACAAAACCGAAGACCAACGGAGAUGACAUGGCUCAGAGACAAAAAGUGUUAACACAAUUAGAAUUAAAACUGAUAAAAGUCAGCGACACUAAUAUACCAUCGUCGUACGCCGUCGUACCGAUAUCCUCAGACCUCACGCAACAUAACGGAAAUAUGUCGUAUUUGUCCACGGAAAAUGCGGCGAGACAAGUUAUUUCCGCGAACGCAACGAUGGAUAUUAUGAGCAAGAUGAAUGCAAAACUCGAUUAUAUUUCUACCAAAGAUGCGGAAGACUCAAAUAGAAACAACGACGUUGCGCUUCUCGCAACGAACAUUGUUUUAAAUAAUAAUUUUAACGAACACGCGAUCGCAGACGCUUUUAAUAAUAACGAAGUUUAUAACGACUUUAAAGUAUUCAAUCAAAUGACUGGAGACGUGCAACACGAUAAUGUAACGGAUAUAGCCGAACAUCAACGGCACAAGUCGGUUUCAUUUUCUGAAGCGCGUGGCGAUAGUAUAGAUAGGCGGGACCGAUCUAUCCCGAUAAAUUUAGAACAGAAAGUUAUGCAAGAAAACUUGCGGAAUACGAUGACUCAGAUUUCAGGAGGAACAGAUUUUACGUCUAAUAUGAAACAGUACAAAAACAACGAAUCCAUCGCUUCUCCCGACGAUGUAUUCGCGAAACAAUCUACCACAGAAGAUAUAACUAGUAGUGGCAGCGAUGCGUUAUACAGUGCCAACUGUAUUACUAGUCAUAUUCCCGAUAUUAUAAGUUCCUCGAAUGAAACUCACCUAUUUGAGACCGGAAUAGAAGCUCUUUCGUUCAUCGAUGACGCGACCUUGCAAAAUGAGCCUCUCGACGCGGUCUCGAAUCACAAUUUAGACGCGGACGCUACUACAAAUGCGCAAUACGAAGCCGUCGAACUCGCGAUAGCAACGGAAGAGGAAUUACCUUCACCCUGGGUAGAUGUUAUGGCAUUGGCAACUGCUCCCGCGUUGAGAACGCAAUCUUGGUCGGAAUUAAACGCUUUUCCCACAGCAGUUCAUUCCCUGGUCGAUUUGGUAGGUCCGGAGCCUUAUCCGUUAGAGAUAGAGUCUCAGUCUACGGAGAAUUUGAAAAAUGUCAACGCGAUAAAUACAGAACACACUCCGGCUGACACCGAAAUUGUGCAGGGCCAGAAAGCUGAUUAUGAGAAUAAAACGGAUAACGUAAAAACCAAGAAGAACAGAAAUGUACUGCAAGAGAUUACGGCGGAUGCUGAUAUAUGUAAGUGUGUCGAUUGCAAGUGUGAUAACUUGCAAAAUUGUCAAAACUGCACGAACAACAGUUCCGUCGAGGAAGUUAAGAAGAAAGAUACGAUGAAAAUUGUGAGCGACUUUGUAUCCUCUCUCCAAAGUGGAUGUUCCUGCAACACCGAGACCGGUGGUUGUGAUUCUUGCUGUGUUGUAAUUUGUCUGAAGACAUUGCAGCAGCUACAAAAAGUAUUUAGUAAUUGUUGUAAAAAUACUACUAGCGCAACUACAACCACAUGUUGUAAAGAAAAAUUGCUACCAUCCUUGAUGAAUUACCAGCUAGCUAGAGAAGUCAAUGAAUCAUAAAUUUUCCUAACUUAACUAGUCAUGCAAGAGAAAUAACACAAUUUAUCUUCACUGUUAACUACUCCCAUAAAGAUAUAUGUGAUUUUACACAUAAGAGCUUUAAAUUUGCCUUGUGGGCAAUUUGUCUUCCUUUGAAUAUCGAAAAACAAACAUUGAGAAUAUAUGACUGUACAUAUAUUUCAUAGAAAAUACGAGACAAUGCGAAUUCUAUAUAUAUAUAUGUUAUAUAUAUUUCAUGCCAAAUAUAUAUUUGUAAACUCUUUUUAUAAAGUUUAUAUGUACAAAAAAUUAUUGUUGCAUAAUUUAUAAUAAUAAAGUAUUCACAAUUUUGAAAUAUUAUUCACAGAUAAUGUAAAAGAUUACUAGUUGACUUGUAGAGAAAUCCAAGAAAAGAAGUGCAUGUGUGUGAUAUGCAAAUAGUUUUACAUAAAUGAAAUGUGUCAUAAAAACUAAUAUUUUAUAAAUAACAAGCUUCAUAUUUGUUUUGUAGCAAAAAUAAAGA